AUGUGUAGCUCAAAGAAGAAAAAGCAAAGGAGCUUCUUUGUUGAAGAUAAACAAACACCAAUACCUAUACGCGUCAAUAAGCGAAAGCUCAAUAAUGAAGAACCAACACAGUCAGACUUUGCUAAAAGAAGCAAACGGCAACAUAAUAAUGACCUUACCUAUUUUACAUGCUUUGACAAUUCAAUGCAUAAUUAUAUCUCUACUGUGAUUUUGAAUAAGAUAAGGAACAGCAAAAAACUUGAGGCUGGCCUCCUGAAAGCGAAAAACAGCUUGUCAAACAAGACAAGGUUUCCACCCGUAAUCAUGACAAAUGCUGCGUCUUUUGCCGGCCUGGAGACUAGUGUGAUGAGAAGCUUUAUGGAAAACAGUGGCCAAAAGUUGAUAAUUGAGUUAUGGAAAGACUAUGUCAACGAAAACUUUGAUUCGAUUGCCAAAACUUCCAGGGACAGAAAUCUUUUCUUUAAAAAAGAAGAAUCUUCCUCUUCAUUAGUCGAAUCAAGUUCAAGUGGUAUUAACGUGGAAGAACAAUAA